AUGUCGGGGAUCAGCAGGGGAUGGUUGGCGACGUGGAUGCUGGGAGCGAUGUUCAUCGUUGCUGUGAAGGGAACGUGUAAAAGGCUGUGUGAACGCGUAAAAUGUGACAACUGUCACGGCAACGGACAAUGUUUCAUCAACUUCCUAGACGGCUGUGUGCGCCAUCCGGAUUUUAAUGGUCUGAGAGACGAUUCCAACAUAGCGGUUGGAGAAGUGGAGGGUAAGUGCCUUGCAAGAGCAAAGGACUACUUUGAAUGGUGCGGAAACAAUCCGACGCAACAAAUCAUCGCCACGUUCAUUCCUACGGGAAGCCAGCACGUCUUUCCUCCAGACGAAGAGGUGGAGGAGGCGAUAAUUCAGGAGGAAACCCAAGACCCUGCCGGAGAGAAGUCAGAGGAAGCCAAGGAAAAAGCGAAAGCAGAGAGAAAUGAGAGCCGCUUCCUGUGCAGAAAGAUCGAUUGGACUUUACCUGACAGACAGAAACUGAUCAGCGAGAGCAGCAGAUUGCACGAAAGCGACAAGUGGAAGAAGGAGAGACUGGGGAUAGAGCUGGAAGGAAUUGUUUAUGAGGUGGCACAAGGUGUAAGGAAAGAGCAGGAAAGCAAAUUACAAGCGCGUUUGGUCCCAAAAGCACUAAAGGCGAUCAAAGCUCUGGUCGACAAGUACAAACCAUCGAAUGUCUUCAUCAUUGGCUUCUCUCCGUCAUCUAGCGAUCAAGCGAGGCUCCUCCAAUGGUUAGAUGAUGUCGGCUUCUUCGGGAGCACGAGCUGCGUCUCCGAUGUCGGUCAUGUCUGGCUCCUUGACAGCAGAGCGCGGGUCAAUCAGCUACUUCCAGUGAGCUUGUCGUGCCAGGCCAAGGAAGUGGUGGAGACACUGAAGCUUACGUCUCUCUUGUCUACCAGCUCGAAACUCGCAGAAGCUCUUUCUGCCGACAUGCACAUCGACGUCUUUCUCUUUGGGCACGCGGAUAAGUCACAAGGAAAGGAAGUGAACCAAGGGGAGGAGAAGGAGGAAAAGAUCCCAUCCAUUCACCUGGUGGACUGGGACGAGCCUAAGGCGGGGAGACAGGAGCAGGGGAACAGCAGCUCUGGCACCGACUCCAAGAAAGCGGCAGGAGAGGAGGAUACCACCAUAUUUUUUGACAGGUACGAGGAGAGGAGAAGUCGCCGCAUGCAUGACAGGCUCCCAGGCGUCAGCGCGACGCUCCUCUCCGGCGAAAUCCGAAGAGCUGACAAGAGCACGUGA